UUCAUUAAAGUAUAGUUGGUUGUUAAAAAGAAGACUUGUGCAGUCAUCGUCGAUCCACUUCGCCUGCAGUUUCUAUGCUGCUUCCCUUGUUCAUCUUUCCGAUUCUACUCUGGGUUUAACCUAAUAAAUCAGUUCUCCGAUGAUUGAACUAAUGUAGGAUGCGAUCGGCGGCGGGAAUUUCUGUUUUCUUGGCUGUUGAUGAUUGCCUCAGGGGCCCAGAUUGACAGACGUGAUCACACACAUAUAUGGAAAUGGAUAACCCUUGAUUAGAUUAAGGAAGAAAGAGUAACUAAGCAGAGGAAGAUGGGAGGUGGUUUGGGACUUUAAUUAGCCGUCAUUACCCGCCUGUAAUUUCAAAGCAUCGAGAAAGGAAACGCGUGUAAUUAAUGAAGACUGAAAUCAUAGUUGUUGUAUAGAUUCCCCCUUUUCCGCCCAUCGUCUCCUGAGUGAAUUUGUGUUGGCGUCGGGGAAAUGGGACUUCUGCAGAGUGUCAUCAGGUCUUGGGAUAGUGAAACGGAUGAAGAGGAGAAUGAAAGGCCAAGAAAUCCAUACAACUAUUACUCUAAGAGCGCUGGUGAAAAUUCGGGUCGGGUUAAUGUUCUCGAGUCCUCUCAUCAACGGCGGGAUGGGAACUACUCAACUCGCUCUCUGCAGACCAAGCAUUUAACCAUUACUGUGCCCAGCUUAAGACAAUCACCAUCACUUGCAGAAACAAAUGUGAAUCUUGGGGUCGGGAGUUCAGCUGUUUCUGUAAAGAAAAACAACGAUGUUUACCGCCCUUCGGAAAGGAUUGGAAUUGGGUCAUGUUCAGUUGAGAAAAAAGAGAGACAAGUGCAGGUGAAGAUCAGUUGUACUGCUGCGGCGCCGGAGCAGGGGACUAGAUGGAUUAAGCACUACAGUAGCGCCCACAGGAUUCUGCUGGUCGGCGAGGGGGAUUUUUCAUUCUCAACUUGCCUGGCGAAGGCUUUUGGUUGGGCGACGAACAUGGUUGCGACGUCUAUGGACUCGCAAGCGUUCCUGUUGAAGCAUUAUCAGAAUGCCAUGUCCAACAUAGUGGAAUUAAGCAUUAGGAAGUGCAGGGUCCUGCAUGAGAUGGACGCAACCAAAAUGGCGAAUCAUGAGCUGCUCGAAGGAAUCAAAUUCGACAUCAUCGUUUUCAACUUCCCGUUUGCAGGAUUUUUCAAGGGUCUGUCACGCGAGUCUCAGCUAGGACAUCACAGGAGCCUGGUGAGCUUGUUUAUGAAGAACGCAAAAGCAAUGAUGAGUGAAUAUGGUGAAAUUCACAUAACUCACAAGAGCAACGGAUUCCACAAGGAAUGGGAGCUGGAGUCAUUGGCGUCGUCCCACAAGCUUAAGCUUAUAGAGGCUGCGGAAUUUAACCUUCAUGACUAUCCAGGCUACAACACUAAGUAUGGUUUCGGAGGCGACAACAACUUCAACUGCUACCCCAGCAAGACUUACAAAUUUGGAGUUAAAUCUUGAAAUUCCCCAUCAGAAACUCAUCCUGUUUACAACAAAUUAUGUAUAUUCCUAAACUAAGAAUGCUGAUCCCCGAGCUAUACGUUGUAUGACAAUCUUGUUUGCGUUGCAUUGCCUUUUCUUCCGAUUUCCUAUGGCGCCCAUGUUUUAUGUCUAACAUAUUUAUCGAAAUUCGGUUUUGUUUUUGUGUCAA